UUUUCUGCUGCUCCCGGCCGCGAAAGAGUGCGGCUCGGAGGUGUCGCCACAGCGGCACCCUAGGGAACAUUUCGGGGGCGGGGAGGGAGGUGCUGUCUGGGCCGGGGUCCUGUGACGCUGGCCGGGCCCACGCUUGGCGCCCGAGGCUGGCGGCGCCGUCCCUGCGGCGCUCAAAAGCAGCCCGAUGUUCAGCCACCUCUUUGACGCACUCCCCUGACCAGCUGUGCCCGGCACGGACCCGGGCCCCUGCGGGCACCGCAAUGAACAGGGCAGACGCGGUCAGGUGACACUCCCAUCACCCCACACCUCGACUCUGGAAAACAGCUCCGGAGACCUGAAUUACAGACCAUCAUUUUAACUGGACAGACUGCUGCUGCUGGAACAAGCAUCUCUGGGGUUGUAAUGGCCACCCAAGGCAGGGCAGCUUUAGGUCUUAUCUCCAGGGGUGCUGUUCUCCAGAAGCAGGAGGGGCGCCUGACUGUAAAGCAGGAGCCAGGGGGCCAGACCUGGAGGCAGGGCUGCAGUCUCCAAAGGAACCACCCUCCCGUUUGUGAAAUUUUCCGGCUACACUUCAGGCAGUUAUGUUACCACGAGAUGUCUGGGCCCCAGGAGGCGCUGAGCCGGCUGCGGGAGCUCUGCCGCUGGUGGCUGAUGCCAGAGGUACACACCAAGGAGCAGAUCCUGGAGCUGCUGGUGCUGGAGCAGUUCCUGAGCAUCCUGCCGGGGGAGAUUCGGACCUGGGUGCAGCUGCGUCACCCUGAGAGUGGUGAGGAGGCCGUGGCUGUGGUGGAGGAUUUCCAGAGACGUCUCAGUGGCCUGGGGGAGGUCUCAGCUCCAGCACAGGGACAGGAAGUGCGUUUGGAGGAGCUGGCAGGCUUGAGUGCAACAGAGGAAUCUCCUCCUGCCUCCCCCGUCGGUGAUGGUUCAGCCGCUGGAGGCCACCUGGAGCCUCUUCCUGACCCAGGGACGCGCCAGCCCCGCAGUGGGCACUCCGCUCCAUGUGCUUCCCCUGCACCUGUCCCUCUCCAAGUGGGCAGCUCAGGACACCAAGCAGCAGCAGCAGCUGUGCUUCGGAUGGCCAGGCCCCAGGGGUCUGCAGCGUACGAGUUCCCGUCUGCGGACUACACGGGGAGGAAGUGGAAAGGCCGGGCACCGAGUCAGAGAGCCCUGAACCAGAGCAGCAUGCCAGAAACUUCCUGCAGCGUGGCCUCACUGGGUGAGACUAGGAUGGAGAAAUCUGAGUUGCCUCCAGGGCGGGAAAUGUCUGAAGGAUCGGGGUCACCUGCUGGGACACCAGGAGGCCUAUGUGGGGUGGAACCUGGGGCACCAGGAGCUGGAAUUGCCUAUGAAGAUGUUGUAGGGCAGCUCGAAGCACAACCCUCAGAGGAGGGAGGGAGCAGCCUGGAAAGCGGUUUCCUGGAAGUGACUUGUGAGGAUAAAAACAAAUCCACAAAAGAUGGAUGUAAUGGAUGUAAAGAACCUGGGGAUCAUCAGAAUCUGUCUUCCAGGCCUGCAGGACAGCAGGUUGUGAAGUCACAGAAAUUCUAUCAGUGUGAUGAAUGUGGCAAAGCUUUCAGUCGGAGCUCACACCUCACUGGCCAUCAGAGAAUCCACACUGGAGAGAAACCCUAUGAGUGUAUCGAGUGUGGCAAGACCUUCAGGCAGACCUCUCAGCUCAUAGUUCACCUGAGAACCCACACAGGGGAAAAGCCCUAUGAAUGCAGCAAGUGUGGGAAGACCUACCGGCACAGCUCCCAUCUCGUUCAACACCAGAGACACCAUGAUGGGGAGAAACCGUAUACCUGCAACGAAUGUGGAAAAGCCUUCACUCAGAGUUCCCAACUCAUUGACCACCAGAGGACCCAUACUGGGGAGAAACCUUAUGAAUGCAGUGACUGUGGGGAGACCUUCAUUCGGAGUAAAAGUCUUGUCCGACAUCAGGUUCUGCACACUGGUGAGAAACCCUACAAGUGUAAUGAGUGUGGGAAAGCUUUCUGUUCUAAUAGAAAUCUUACUGACCAUCAGAGAAUUCACACUGGGGAGAAGCCUUAUGAGUGUUUUGAAUGUGGCAAGACCUUCAGUCGCAACAAAUGUCUUACCCGACAUCAAAGUCUCCACACUGGGGAAAAGCCUUACAAGUGCAGGGAGUGUGGGAAAGCCUUCAGUCAGAACUCUCAGCUCACCGACCAUGAGCGAAUUCAUACUGGAGAAAAGCCUUUUGAAUGCAGUGAGUGUGGGAAGGCAUUCAGCCUGAGUAAAUGUCUUAUUCGACAUCAGAGGCUUCACACAGGUGAAAAGCCCUAUAAAUGCAAUGAGUGUGGAAAAUCCUUCAAUCAAAACUCACACCUCAUCAUACACCAGAGAAUUCACACUGGCGAGAAACCUUAUGAAUGUAGUGAGUGUGGGAAGGUCUUCAGUUACAGCUCCAGUCUAAUGGUACAUCAGAGAACCCAUACUGGGGAGAAACCCUACAAAUGUAACAAUUGUGGGAAAGCCUUUAGUGACAGCUCACAACUCAUUGUGCACCAGAGAGUUCACACUGGCGAGAAACCCUAUGAAUGUGCUGAGUGUGGGAAAGCCUUCAGUCAGCGUUCCACUUUCAACCACCACCAGCGAACUCACACUGGAGAGAAGCAGUCAGGUGUGGCUCGGUCAGCUUCCUGAGGCCUAAGUUUCCAAGACUGAGAGCAAGGCACUUGGCAUUAAGCUUUCUUUGUAAGAAGGGUGUUUACUCUGACCCCCUGCAGGAGCCAUUAAUGAAAGUGGGUCAUCCUCUGAGUGCUGUCUGCUGGGUCAUGAGGGUGGGAGAGUGGGGAACAGUGUGUUCCCUGCCCACCAUUGUGGACAGAUGGACUACACACUUCAUGCACUUGAAGGGUCUCCUUCCUUCCUUCCUUCCUUCCUUCCUUCCUUCCUUCCUUCCUUCCUCCCUCCCUCCCUCCCUCCCUCCCUUCCUCCCUCCCUCCCUCCCUCCCUCCCUUCCUUCCUUCCUUCCUUCCCUUCCUCCCUUCCUCCCUCCUUCCCACCCUAAUUUCUCACGUUCUCUCUCUUAGUGUCUUUCUCUUUCAACUGUGUAGAAAUGUAUUUCAGCUUAAUUAUGUAUCCUAUCAUCACACUUUUUUUGAAGGACAGAGAUUGUGUCUACCUUAUUCUAGCCCACCUCCUCUUUUAUAAAGUCAUUCCUAAGACUGAUUCAUUCUUUACUCUCUCAGCUGUGUCCCUCCUUACCUACUUUUUAAACUUAAACUCUAAUCUAUACCCUCAUCCCAGUAUUCCUAUUCAGAAAAGCCUUUCUUUUUCCCAUUUGCUAAUCUAUGUCCCUCAGAACUUCUCAGAUCAAUCUCAUCUCUAGAUCCUUCCAGAUCCACCUCAUCUGUGAAAGACUUUUCUUCAGCCCCUUCUUUAUUCCUCUUACUCAUUUGACCUCAGUGCUUCCCAUUAGCUGGUGCCACCAUGAGCAACUGUUAAAUUGCCUUGUAAAUUAUUCUCAACUUAAUCCAUAUGUGUGUACAUUCACACCAACUUAUUGUAGGCUCUUCGAGGUUGGAUAUGGUAUCCAUUUGUUUUAGCAUACAGGUAAUAACUUUCACAUACUAGUGAUUAAUAAAUAAUUUUUAAAAAACUU